AUUAUGAAACGGAGAGAGUCAUUUAAAAAACAAUCCCAAAAUCAGUCAGCUCUUUCCCCAAUUUUUCUCUUCUUCUUCCUCAAAAAAAUUUUUGUUUUCAAUGAAAGCAUAGCGACUUGAGUAAAAUUCUUGAAGAUCUCAGUUCACAGAAGUAAUUUUAUUCAUAUUCAAGCGGCAAACAGUGCAGAAUCCGUGAGCAUGGAAAUUGAAGAGGCAAUUAGUGAAGCGGAAUUGGAAGAUAAACCCAUUCCGAAGAUUCAGCGGCUGGAGGACUCUGUAGUGAACCGGAUCGCGGCUGGCGAAGUUAUCCAACGGCCAGUCUCUGCCGUCAAAGAACUCAUUGAGAACAGCUUGGAUGCUGAUUCCACCUCUAUUUCCGUUGUUGUUAAGGAUGGUGGUCUUAAACUUAUCCAAGUUUCCGACGAUGGCCAUGGUAUCCGUUACGAAGAUUUGCCAAUUUUAUGCGAGAGGCAUACGACUUCGAAGCUGAGUAAAUUUGAAGAUUUGCAGUCGAUUAGGUCGAUGGGAUUUAGAGGAGAAGCCUUGGCUAGCAUGACAUAUGUGGGUCAUGUCACUGUCACCACCAUUACCGUUGGCCAGUUGCAUGGAUACAGGGCCACAUAUAGAGAUGGUUUGAUGGUGGAUGAACCAAAAGCUUGUGCGGCUGUCAAGGGUACCCAGAUAAUGAUUGAAAAUUUAUUUUAUAAUAUGGCUGCGAGAAGGAAAACCCUUCAGAAUUCUGCCGAUGACUAUACAAAAAUUGUUGACCUUAUUAGUAGGUUUGCAGUUCAUCACACACAUGUGAGCUUCUCUUGUAGAAAGCAUGGAGCUGGUAGAGCAGAUAUUCACACUCUCGCUACUUCUUCAAGGCUUGAUGCAAUUAGAUCGGUUUAUGGAGUGUCAGUUGCUCGAAAUCUGAUGAAAAUUGAAGUUUCUGAUACUGGUCCAUUAAAUUCAGUUUUUAACAUGGAUGGUUUCAUCUCCAACUCUAAUUAUAUUGCGAAGAAGAUAACAAUGGUGCUUUUUAUAAAUGAUAGACUCGUUGAUUGUGGUGCUUUGAAGAGGGCAAUUGAAAUAGUCUAUACUGCAACAUUGCCUAAAGCAUCAAAACCUUUCAUAUACAUGUCGAUCAUUUUGCCACCUGAGCAUGUUGAUGUGAAUAUACACCCAACAAAGAGAGAGGUAAGCCUUUUGAAUCAAGAAUUCGUCAUUGAGAGGAUCCAAUCUGUAGUAGAGUCAAAAUUGAGAAGCUCCAAUGAGUCUAGGACAUUCCAGGAACAGACAUUGGAAUUUUCUUCAUCCAGUCCAAUGGCCACAAUUAAAGAUUCCACUAAAGAUCUGUCUCCUUCUGGGAUAAAGUCACAAAAAGUGCCACAUAAAAUGGUACGAACAGAUACUUUGGACCCUUCCGGAAGGUUGCACGCUUACAUGCAAAUGAAGCCUCCUAGUAUUUCAGAAAGAGGUUCUUUCUUGAGCUCUGUGAGGUCUUCUAUCAGACAAAGGAGGAAUCCUAGUGAAACUGCAGACCUCACUAGCAUCCAGGAGCUUGUUAAUGAGAUUGAUAAUGAUUGUCACCCUGGUCUAUUGGAUGUUGUUAGGCAUUGCACAUAUGCUGGGAUGGCGGAUGGGAUUUUUGCUCUGCUUCAACACAAUACACUCCUUUAUCUUGUUAACGUGAUUAACUUGAGCAAAGAGCUUAUGUAUCAGCAAGUUUUACAUCGGUUUGCCCAUUUCAAUGCGAUUCAACUGAGUGAACCAGCAUCAGUACCUGAGUUAAUAAUGCUUGCUCUGAAAGAAGAGGGUACAGAUCCAGAAGGCAAUGAAAGCAAUGAGCUAAGAGGAAAGAUUGCCGAGAUGAAUACAGAACUGCUCAAGCAAAAGGCUGAAAUGCUAGAGGAUUAUUUUAGUAUUUAUAUGGAUUCGAAUGGCAAUAUAUCUAGACUUCCUGUUAUACUGGAUCAGUACACACCUGACAUGGACCGCCUUCCAGAAUUUUUACUUUGUUUGGGAAAUGAUGUUGACUGGGAGGAUGAGAAAAUUUGUUUCCAGACAAUUGCUGCUGCUCUAGGAAAUUUUUAUGCCCUGCAUCCACCAUUAUUGCCUAAUCCCUCAGGUGAUGGCUUGAAAUUCUACAGAAAGAGAGUGCUUUCAAGUGGUUCAGAAGGAACUUCUAUUGAAAACAUCGAGAAUGGUACCAUGGAGGCUGAAAUUGAGGAGGAAUUACUUUUAGAGGCCGAAAAUGCCUGGGCUCAACGUGAAUGGUCAAUUCAGCAUGUUCUGUUUCCCUCCCUCAGACUCUUCUUCAAGCCCCCUACUUCCAUGGCUACAAAUGGAACUUUUGUUCAGGUUGCAUCACUGGAAAAGCUCUACAGAAUUUUCGAGAGAUGUUAAGCGUAGAACUUUUUUUCAGAAUUUUGACUCUAAUUCUUGGUUGCAUGAUACUAAGUAGGCGUUUGGCCGUAGAAUUUCUUAUCUUUUAUGUUUGUUAUAUUGAUAGUUUAUUUUGCGUACCGUACUAGUUUAUAUACACUUAUCCUUUGGGUUUGCUA